AUGGAUACCUCUUCAGGUUCCACCGCACCGAGUACCGGUCCGGAAACUAUCCCUGCCGACCCCGAAAAGGCGCUUCAUUCGCGACAGGAUGCGAUCUCGAGGCGACAAAAAUCUGAAUCGAACAAAUUUCACUUCCUUCGACCAACAGUUCAUGGGGUGGCAGCAUUAUUUCGGGGCAAUGGAGCCCUGGCCCCGUUUCGGCUUCUCAAGUCAGAUUUCAAUGGCAGGGCGAAGAUAUAUCACAUGGAUUGGGGUUUCAACCAAUUGAUUCUUGCGUCGGCUGUAUACGUCUUUUUUACAAAUUUAUUACCUGGGAUCACGUUUGCCAGUGAUCUCUAUGUGCUGACUGGGAGGAACUAUGGGGCUAUAGAGGUUGUGUUUUCGACAGGGCUUUGUGGAAUUAUAUUUGCAUUAUUUUCGGGGCAGCCCCUCACCAUUUUGGGCGUUACCGGGCCCUUCUGUAUUCUCUCUGAACGUAUUUACGCCUUAUGUCAUGAGGACUUCCAUAUACCCUAUUUGCCGUUUAUGGCUUGGGCAUGCAUUCAUUCUGCUUGGAUGCAUUGGCUGUUGGCAAUAUUCAAUGCACAUGACUGGACAAUGGAAUAUGUUACUACGUUUUCAACCGAGAUCUUUUCGUUACUCAAUUCUGUUAUCUAUUUUCAUAAGGCAGUGCAAGAACUAGAGAGGUCACAUGCGAAUACCUCAUUUGCCUCGUUUCUAUAUUCCAUCAUUGGAUGUGUUGGAACGUUUUUGGUCGCAGUGACCUUAAGCACGGCGAAUAGCUGGGCUCCACUCUUCCACAAAUAUGUUAGGAUGGGACUGGCAGAGUAUGCUGCCGCAAUAUCAAUUGUCAUAUUUAUCGCCAUGCCUCAUAUUGGAGAAUUGAAUAGCCUGGAUCAGCAAAGGCUCCCCGUGUCCACUUCCUUCCGUCCGACUUCCCCCGAAAGGACUCGUUUCAUUGUCGAAUUCUGGACCCUACCCGCGAGCUGGAUAUUUGCUGCUAUACUGCCUGGCCUGAUCAUAACCACCCUUUUCUUCUUCGAUGUUGAGGUUUCCACUAUCUGUGCAACGCUCUCUCGAUAUAACAUAAGGAAGCCAGGCGGAUAUGCUUGGGACGUAGCACUUUUGGGCACAACAACAGCGCUGUGUGGUAUUCUCGGGAUUCCACCAGCUAAUGGUCUUCUUCCACAGGCACCUCUCCAUUCCGAAAGUCUGCUCCAUAGCGAAGAAGUGAAAGUGAAUGGAGAGACCAAAACUAUCCAGACAGUGUAUGAGCAGCGAUGGAGUCAUCUUUUGCACGCAAUCGGGAUCAUGUUAUUUGUGAGCCCGCCGUUCAUGCAUGUUCUCGGACUUACGCCUACGAGUGUCCUCGCGGGGCUGUUUUUGUACAUGGGUGAACAGAGUCUCAGCGUUAACCCGAUCUUGUUCCGGUUCUUCCAUAUGUUGACGCCAUCGAGUGAGCUCCCCCAAUUGCCAGACGGGAUCAGAGGCUAUCGAGGGAUACACAUGUACACCCUUCUUCAAAUCGUGAUUACAGCAGGAAUCUUCGCUGUCACGUUUACUCCUGGCGCCCCGGUGUUCCCGGUGAUUAUAGUCCUCCUUGUCCCGAUCCGAUUAAACUUGAUGAACAAAUGGUGGAGUAGAGAAACUUUAAAACGUAGGCUAUAUAGUCCCCAUGAAGAAUAA